AUUGGUAGGUAUCUACUAUUGAAAAUUAUUUAAACAAACGUCCAGCGCUAUUAAAAAAUAAUGCCGCUCAAUUUACCCGGCGUACGCCAGUAUUUAAGUGAGUUAAGGAUUUGGGGUGGUUUACAUAAAGAUCAGGCUGAAAAGUACCGCAAUGUGUUACGGGAAAUACUGAAAAACCCUGAGGGAGAAGUAGCUGAAUGUUUGAAAGCUUUUGUGGAAGCAAUUGUAAAUGAGAAUGUAAGCUUGGUGAUAUCCCGGCAGUUGCUCACAGAAGUCAGUACACACUUGGCUCUGCUGCCAGACAGUGUGUCACAGGACGUGUCACACUUUGCCCUGGACGUGAUACAACCAAGAGUCAUAUCGUUUGAGGAACAGGUUGCUAGCAUCAGACAGCACCUGGCAGAUAUUUAUGAGCGUAAUCAAAACUGGAAGGAGGCUGCAAAUGUUCUGGUUGGCAUCCCUCUUGAGACAGGACAGAAACAAUACUCAGUCGACUACAAACUAGAGACUUACUUGAAGAUUGCCCGCCUUUACUUGGAAGUUGACGAUCCAGUGCAAGCGGAGGCCUAUGUGAACAGGGCGUCGCUAUUGCAGGCUGAGACUACUAAUGAACAACUACAGAUAUAUUAUAAAGUGUGCUAUGCCAGAGUAUUGGAUUAUAGAAGGAAAUUCAUAGAGGCAGCGCAGAGGUACAACGAGCUGUCAUAUCGCAACAUCAUACACGAUGACGAGAGAAUGACUUGCCUCCGAAACGCGCUCAUUUGCACCGUGCUGGCUUCCGCAGGUCAGCAGCGCUCGCGGAUGCUGGCGACGCUGUUCAAGGACGAGCGCUGCCAGCAGCUGCCCGCCUACUCCAUCCUGGAGAAGAUGUACCUGGACCGCAUCAUCCGCCGCGCGGAGCUGCACGAGUUCGAGGCCCUCAUGCAGACUCAUCAGAAGGCGUCCACGCCAGACGGAUCAACGAUACUAGACCGCGCAGUGUUCGAGCACAACUUGCUCUCGGCCAGCAAGCUGUACAACAACAUCACGUUCGAGGAGCUCGGCGCGUUGCUGGAGACGCCGCCCGCGCGCGCCGAGCGCAUCGCCUCGCACAUGAUCAGCGAGGGCCGGAUGAACGGCUACAUCGACCAGAUUAGCGCUGUCGUGCAUUUUGAGACACGCGAGAUCUUGCCGCAGUGGGACAAGCAAAUCCAAAGUCUGUGCUACCAAGUCAACGGUCUCAUCGAGAAGAUCGCGGCCGCCGAGCCGGAGUGGAUGGCCAAACUGAUGGAGGAAGAGAUGAUUCAGUAACUUGUGCAUAAACUAUAGCUAAUAAUAAACUUACUUUUUACUAUCU